AUGGAAGAAAAUGGAGACCCAUCGACACCCUUUUGGCUUCAGACCAGUAACAAUCUAUAUCGUCAUCGCCAUCGUCGUUCAUCGUCUCUGCUUCUCAAUCCUACUCUUUUAAUAGUCUUGAUUCCCACUGUGGCUCUCUUACUUUUGUUUCUUGUUGUACCUUCGUUUCUUUCGUUUGCUUCUCAGACUUUUAGACCAAAUUCUGUGAAGAGAAAUUGGGAUUCUGUUAAUUUUUUGCUUGUUAUCUUCGCUGUUGCUUGUGGGUUUCUGAAUAGAAGAAACGAUGAUAGCUCCAAUGGCGUCGCUGCGAACAUCUCAGAAGGUGUUUCAGAGAACCCACUUCAAUAUUCUUUGGAUCCGAGGAUCUAUGAUUCGGUCGAGACUACUGCUGCUUCUGAUUCUUCGAUUUCGACGAAUGUGGUUCGUUUGAGGAGGAGCUGUAGCUCGUACCCAGAUCUCAGGCAAGAGUUUUCAUGGGUUUCCGGCGAGCGAUUCUUUGACGACAAUGGCUUCGAUUUUAAUACUUAUCGGUCGGCGUCGGAACACGUUUGCCGUCGACGAGGACGCCAGCCUGAGAGUGAGCAUUCGGAGAUCAAGACCAUACCAGUGGAUACUUUUGUGCUUCGUUCUACGGAGACUUCUUCUUCAGAAUCGCUACUACCACCUCCAUCUCCUUCUCCCUCUCCAGCAGAGCCACCAGCGCCGCCACCUUCACCACCACCACCUCCUCCUCCUCCUCCACAGGCGAUCAAGCACAGAACGAGCCGAUCAUUCCACGCAGUAAGACGUAAGGAAAAUGUGGAAAACCCCGAAGAAGUUGUUUCGGAAAUCAACAGAAGCCGACCCUUGAUGCCUUCAUCGCCACCGCCGCCUCCGCCCCCACCACCAAGACCAGAGUCGCAUCAUCAUCAGUCGGAGCAAAAGAGCGGACAUAAGAGGAGAGGGAGUGGAGCAAAGGAUCUAGCCAACACUCUGGCUUCACUGUAUCAACACAGGACGAAGAAGAAGAAGAAACAGAAUUUCAAGGAGAAUCAGGAAAGCCCCGAUCAGUCUCCUCCUUUGCAUUCAGGAGUAGAAGUUCCCCCACCACCGCCGCCACCACCACCUCCUGCUUCCGUAUUUCACAAUCUAUUCUCUUACAAGAAAACUAGCAAGAGCAAGAAAAUCCACUCAAUUUCACUUUCACAGCCGAACUCAUCGCCACCUCCACCACCUCCGCCACCACCAAGACCUGGGUCAUCAUCACGUUCAACCAAACGGAAGUCCCAGAGUGAGGCACCAUCAGCGCCACCACCUCCGCCACCACCAAGACCUGGGUCAUCAUCACUCUCAACCAAACGGAAGUCCCAGAGUGAGACACCAUCAGCACCACCACCACCACCGCCACCGCCACCAGAACCAUCUUUCGACCCACCCCGGAAAAGUCAGACGAUCUCUGCCGGCGGUGGGAGACCUCCAUUACCGGUUAAACCGAGCAAAACAUUAUACGACGAAGACGAGAACUUGAACAGUAGAGAACAGUCGCCAUUGACUCCAACACCUCCGCCGUAUCCGCCAUUCCGAAUGCCGGAACUGAAGUUCUCAGUUCGUGGGGAUUUCGUCAGGAUACAAAGCGACCAAAGUUCACGCAGCAGCUCUCCGGUUGGUUCGCCGACGGUGAAGGAAUCUGAAUAUGAAUAUGAAUCAUUUCUGUCUGUGCCAACUACGUUUACAUCAGCAACAACCACCAUGGCAGUUGCUGCUACGGCGAUGAUGGACGGCGGAGAACCCAGCGGAGCAGUAUUCUGUUCCAGCCCAGAUGUUAACACGAAGGCUGAUAGCUUCAUUGCUAGAUUCCGAGCAGGGCUGAAGCUUGAGAAGAUGAAUUCCAUCAAAGAGAAACAAACAGCCCAGACCCAGAGGCCAAUGUGA